UCUCGUCUGCCGCACUCGAUAUGUAUUGAGCACGAAUGUAGCCCUCAACUUUUGGGAAUUUUCUGCGGACUAUGGACAUAAUUCAUUAUCUGCUAGUAACAGUGGUGUUUAUUUUCAAAGUGCACGGAGGUUUUUCUCAAUGUUUACGUGGGUGCAGCUGUAUAGAUGACCGUCAUGGGAGGUCCCUCAUAUGUAUGGAGGAGGGAGCCUUUGGGACCAUACCACAGAACCUUCCAGAUGAUAUGACCAAAAUACGUAUAGAAAAAUCCCACUUCACUGAAAUACCCAGAGGUGCUUUCUCAAAGACGCCCUCCUUGGAGAACUUGUGGUUGAACUUUAAUGACAUCACGCUCAUAAACUCGAAAGGUCUGGAGGGUUUGAGGAACUUGACCGAGCUCCGUCUGCAGGGGAACAAGCUCCGGUCUCUGCCGUGGACAGUGUUCGAGGACACCACGGCUCUCAAGAUCCUGGACCUGAAGCACAACCAGCUUGAUGUCCUCCCGGAGCAUGCGUUGAAAUUUCUGCCAGGUCUCACUUACUUAGAUUUAUCCUUCAAUCGGCUUACCGUCAUAUCGAAGGAGGUUUUCCAAAACUGGCCUCUGUAUCAGAAGCUUCAGAGUGUGGAAGGAGACCAGGAGCCAACCAGCAUUGGGUCCAACGUUGUGUUGGCACUCCACAACAACUCGUGGCUCUGUGACUGCCGCUUGAAGGGCUUCGUGGAGUUCAUCAGGUCACUGAGCCCACCGAUUAUCCUCAUGAACUCUUACUUGACCUGCUCAGGGCCAGACUCUAGGGUGGGCAAGUUCUUCCAUGAGGUCGAGCUGCAGGCCUGCAUGAAGCCUGUGGUCAGCAGCCCAACCUCCAACAUCAGCCUGCCCCUGGGCACAAACCUCACACUGUGCUGCCUUGCCAAGGCCAGGCCCGAUCCCACGGUGUGGUGGACAUAUGGGCUGAAGAUAAUCAGAGGAUUUCAUGAGUCUCAGGAGAGAGUGGAUGAAGACACAAUCAGAUCCCUCCUGGUGAUUCCCUCCCUCCACACAGCUGACCGCGGUAUCUUCACCUGCACCGCUGUCAACUUCAUCGGCAACUCCUCUGUCAGUAUCUUCCUGGAUGUUCCAUCUCCUGACGACCCUCACUCGUCUCACCUCCCUGGUGCUGCGCCUGCUGCAACUAGUAAUGAAAACGUCUUCAUCGACAUCCGCAUUGCCAAACAGACAGUUCGUGGCAUCUCUAUCGAGUGGUACGCCGCCUUGGAGCGUCCUGCUGAAACCUGGUUCACCAUCCAUUUUGGCCGUGCAGAUACAGACAAGAGGGAAAUUAUCUACAUCGGCCCCGGCAUCCACUCUUACUCCGUCUCUGAUCUGCUGCCUGCCACCAAAUAUGAAAUCUGUGUGACACUCAAGAGUCAGACACCACGUCAAGGCCAGUGUAUUGUUUUUGUCACAGGAAGUGACAUCACUGAGAUGGAACAGAGGGAAAAACUGAUUCAUAUAGUGGUGAUAGUUUUGGCCAUGGUGCUGGCAGUGCCCAUAGGUAUGUUCGCCUGCACCACUGACACUAAGUUUACUUGUCUGGAGGGAAUCAUGAAAUUCUGGAAGAAGCGGCGGAGAGAGGGCAGAUCCUCAGAGAUGGAGGUAGAGAGGCAAGGCACCUUCGACAGUUUGCAGGCCGCCAGCGAUGAAGGCCUGGUUAAUAAAGACUCCAGUGAAGACAGGAAGGUGAGGAGGAGGUCAGACGACAGAGGGCUUAAAGGCAAAUCUGAACAAAGCAGGAUCACAGCUGAGUUAUAUUAAAUUACCAUUUUGUUAAAUCAGUGAAGGUAAACAUGAAACUAAUUAUUUGACAUUAUUGUCUGCCUUGGUUUUAAUCUCCUCUCUUCCUCUGUUUUAGGCCGAGGAGUGUGUUGCAAGAGUGUAAUUCAAGGAUUUGCAACCAUGUAUGUGCAGCGGUAACUCCCUCUCUGAAGUAUAGGAAACAUUUGUCUUCUUAUCAUGUUUAUCAUAUAAUGAAAUCAUGGUAUGUUUAGAUGGAAAUGAUACAUUUUGAAUUACUGCUUUAUUUAAAGCCUAUAUGAUUGAUUUGAACUAAAAAUCACUUUUCUGUUAAUAGUGUAAUGAUAAAUUACAUAAAAUGUAUUAUGUAAUUUUGGCUCAAUUUGUUUACAUUGUUAUUGAAUUUGGUCUAUUUAAAAUCUUCUC